CCCUCGGCUGCUCCAGUCUGGCAGCCAGGCGGCCGCACUUGGGAAGCGACUCCCGGCCCCGGCGCUGCCGCCGGGAUGGGGACGGCGCUGGCGGCUCCCGGCUCGCUGCUGCUGCUGGUGCUGCUGGUGGUGCUGGCCGGCACCGCGGGGCUCUGCCGGGCUCUGUUCUCGCUGCCGCUCCGCGUGUCCCACCCCGCCGCCCCCGCCGCGCCGCCGCCCGCCCCGGUGCUGCUGCGCCCGGCCGGCAGCCCGCAGCAGGAUGCGCCCGGGGCUGCGGACGGCUUGGCCUUGGCCUCGGAUCCCGGCGGCACCCUCAACUUUUUAGCCAUGGUGGAGAACCUUCAGGGCGACUCCGGCCGAGGUUACUACCUGGAGAUGCUGAUCGGGACGCCGCCGCAGGCGUUAAAUAUUCUGGUUGACACUGGGAGCAGCAAUUUUGCUGUAGCAGGUGUGCCUGAUCCUGAUGUCACAUCCUACUUCAAUCCUGAGCUGUCAAGCACGUACAGAUCUCAGGGGAUUGAGGUCACAGUGAAGUACAGCCAAGGCAGCUGGACUGGAGUGCUGGGCACAGAUGUCAUCACCAUGCCCAAAGGGCUCUAUGGCAGCUACACCAUCAACAUUGCCACCAUCCUCGAGUCAGAGAACUUCUUCCUGCCAGGGGUGAAGUGGCAUGGGAUCCUUGGUCUUGCCUACGAUGCCUUAGCCAAGCCUUCGAGUUCUGUGGAGACAUUCUUUGAUUCCCUCGUGAGGCAGGCCAAGAUCCCCAACAUUUUCUCCCUGCAGAUGUGUGGUGCUGGACUCCCUGUUUCUGGAAGUGGUACCAACGGAGGUAGUCUUGUGCUGGGUGGAAUUGAGCCCAGCCUGUACACAGGGGACAUCUGGUACACACCCAUCAAGGAGGAGUGGUACUACCAGGUGGAAAUCCUCAAACUGGAGGUGGGGGGACAGAACCUGGAGCUGGACUGCAGAGAGUACAAUGCUGAUAAAGCCAUAGUAGACAGUGGAACCACUCUCCUUCGACUGCCAGAGAAAGUCUUCAGUGCUGUGGUGCAGGCAAUAGCUCGCACAUCCCUGAUACAAGAAUUCUCUUCUGGUUUCUGGACUGGUUCACAGCUUGCCUGCUGGGAUAGAACUGAAAAGCCCUGGUCCUUGUUUCCCAAAAUCUCCAUUUACCUGAGGGAUGAAAACUCCAGUAGGUCGUUUCGGAUCUCUAUCCUACCACAGCUUUAUAUUCAACCCAUCCUUGUGAUAGGAGAUAAUUUGCAGUGCUACAGAUUUGGCAUCUCCUCCUCCACAAACGCUCUGGUCAUUGGUGCUACAGUCAUGGAAGGAUUUUAUGUCAUCUUUGACAGAGCCCAGAGGAGAGUGGGCUUUGCAGUGAGUCCCUGUGCAGAAGCUGAUGGCUCUCCCGUCUCGGAGAUCGAGGGCCCUUUCACCACGGCAGACGUCGCCAGCAACUGCGUGUCCAGCGUCUCCUUCCACGAGCCCGUGCUCUGGAUCGCCUCCUACGCCCUGAUGAGCCUGUGUGGGAUCAUCCUGCUGGUCCUGCUCGUGCUGCUGCUCAUCCCUCCCCGCUGCCAGCACCGCUACACCGACAACGACGUGGUCAACGACGAGUCCUCGCUGGUGCGCCACCGCUGGAAAUGAGCUUUGGCUCCCAAAAACUGGCUCAAGAGCAGGGCAAAGGGCUGUGCCAAGGGGAAGGAGCCGAUGCUUCCUCAGUCCUCCCUACAAAACGCUGUUGAAAAUCCCACCAAAUAUCCCGCGUCGUGACUUUUACAGCUUUAUUUUCUAACGCCGGUUCUGAACCAAAGCACUGUUAACCACCUCUGAAGUGCUCGGUACUGGAUUUGCUACUGCAGUACAAGGAGCCUUUAUGCUCUCUACAGUACCUUCUUAAAAAAAAAAAAAAACUAAAAAAAAAAGUUAAAAAAAAAAGAUAACCACACCAUGAUGUUCUUCCACUGUCUGAACAAAAUUGCCCAUCUCUCUUUCACAAAAAAAAAAAAGGAGCUGUCAGUAUUUUCUAACUAAUCGAGCCCUGACUGUAGAAAAAGAGAAAAAAACAUUAAUAAUCUUUCUUAUUAAUUUCAUUAAAUGAAUACUGCUUUCUGUUUACAUCAGCUUAUUUUGAAACUGUGCUUAUGGUGUGGGGGAGGGAGGAAAGUCAGGCAGCAGAGAAAGAGCAAGGGAGAUCAAGAAGAAAUUUUGGUGUGUGGUUUCCCUCCCUCAAGAACACUGCUGCCACUUGAGAGGGUCACCCUCCCUGAGAGCUGUAACAAAAUAGUCCAAGGUGGUGAAAACUGGGAAACAAACUUGUUCAGCCUUAGAGUAAAACAAGACUACCUCUCUUAAUUUACAAGGAUGCUACCACUGGUCAGAGUGUGGAUUAGAACUGGUCUUGAAGCACAAAGAUGCUCCAUACAACCAAAUGGAACUACUUGGCUUUGAAUUUUUUGGGAUUUUAUAAAAAUUAAUACUUCAUGAUUUUCCACUUUGGUGCACAAAAAAACCCCAAAAACAGCAACAACAAAAAAAACCUUUCAGUUUCCCCCCCUCAUGUGGAGUUUUGCUGGGUUUUUUUAUGAAUUUGAUAUUUAGAAAAGGCUGAUCUGCAUAUGUAUGGACAGACAAGAAAGAAAGGUCUGUGUUCUACUGUAUUUCUAGAGAGCAUGUAACAGAAAGAAAACCAAAUAAGAAAGACAACUCUUUUUUUUUUUGUUUUAAUUCAGCUGAGCUCAGCAACCUAGAAAUUCAAAGAAGUACCUGUCUUUAUGGACAGGCUGUGAAGUGAAGGUCUUUUUGCUGGCUUGUUUUUCAGCUUGAGGUGUUCAGUUUGGCAUCAAUCAAACAAGAAGUGUGUGUGUCCAGGCUGAAAACAAACACGUGGUGGGACUGGAAAUAACAGUGGGAGAGAGCAGGGCAGAAUGAAUUUGAUCAGGCUUCCAUUCUGCAAGUGCAGAUCAUCAUGCUGGGGUCAGAAUGAGGCAUUUUCUUUGCAGAUAGGACAAUUUUUCUUUUCUCUAGUUGCAGGCUUCUCUGUAACACUGGCCUAAGUGUUUGGAUUGGAAAGAUAAACAGUGCUAGGCUGAGGGUUAUUUUAUGUAUAUAGGAAAAGGAAAAAUAUUCCUUUGCAUUUUGAUGGCAGAGCAGUUUGCAUAUCUGUGGGAAAUGAGGGGGGAGAAAAAAAAGCUUAGUUCUGAAUUUCCCAGUCCCUUGCCUAGACAAUUUUCUGCCCAAAUCCCCUUCAUAUAGCUCUGUGAUUCACACUGCCUCUGCAUCACACUCUGCAUGGAAUAAGGAAAGAUUUUUGGUUUUUUUUCUUCAGGAAUGGUGCAUUUACAAGGUGCACGUCAUGUGUGUGAAAAUAAAACACUGUGGAUUUUUUUUUUUAACUAACUUAUGUCUUUCACGUCAUAACUGGAAGUGCCUGUGGUUUUCUUUUCAAUUCUUGCACUUUCAGAUUGCUUGGCUCAGUAGAGUAAAAUAAUUGAUGCUGUGAUCCAACGUCUGAAAAUGAUUUCUUGUGAAAUUUGGAGUUGGAAACAGGAGGAGAUUUUGAGUUUGUCUCCUUCUUCCUCUUCCUCUUAGUUUUUAAGAGGAGGAAAAUUGUGAAUUACAUAAGCCAUAGAGCUUAGCUAUUUUCUCAGUGUUCUAUUUUCCAUAUCUCUUAAUAUCUUUUAAUUAGAUAUUAUUAAUAUAGGGAUGUUGUCCUCCUGGGUUUAAUUUUACACAUAACAAAUAACUUCAGAGUUGUAUUCCUUCUUUUUCUACAGCAUGACAAUAGAAGUUCUGCUUCUGUCACUUGUUUCAAACAGAAACAUGGUAUGGAUUUUGGAUGGAUGGUGUUAAACAAUAAACCCUCCUUCAAUCCAGAAAGUAAAAACAACUUGUAUGUUCUUAAAAGGUUUCAUCACUGCUCCCCUCACCACGAAGAGUUUUAGGAAGGAAUUUAUUGGGAAAGGUUCUGAGUAGGCUUUUUAUGAGAUUUCUUCUGAGUUGGUGAACAAAGUCUUCUCAGUGCACUGGAUUUCAUAUAAAAGAUUUAAGUGUUACCCUUUCCCUUUGAAUGUCCUUGGUCAAGAUAUUUUAAGGGAAGCACUUGAAUGAAGAGGAGCAAUAACCAAGUAGCACAAACGAAAUGCUGAUAUAUUCUUGAGUUUUCCUGGCAUUCCUUCACACUAAAAACGUGGCUCGUAGUAAAAAUGCUGUGAGUGACACCUGCGAGCAGCACAAACUUCAUCUGGGCUUGUAAAUUGAUACUUACACUGGCAGAAAUUCAGGUGAGCAUUGCUUUGUUGCUCUGGCAACAAGGAGAGCAGUGGAAACCCUGGAGGGUUCGUUUUUAGCCUACAACACAUUAAGAAAAAUGAUGCUCUCGAGCAGUUUUGUAUGGAAGAUGAAACACGGUGAUAGACUACACUAUAACCAAGUGUAGGCACUUGGUAACUCAUAGUGAUCCCUCCCUCUGAUAUAUUUCAAAAAAUAUACAUGUUGUGAGAUAUAUUAUGCUCCUGUUAACCAACUUCAGGUGUAAAAAUAAACCACACCUUAAAAAUAAAAGGAGGGAGAAGGAGUGAAAAGAAAAAACAGAGCAUUGAGUAAAGAUGAACUGGAAAAUAUUUAUUAUGGAAGACAGGAUGCCCCAAAUCACAGUGCUCCAAACCAUCCCUUGUGAGAAAUAUCAAUAUUUCUUGGUCUCCUGUGAUGGGGAUGUAACAGCAGGUCCCAGGGAAGUGUCAGAAAGCUGCAUUCCCCUGGCUGCAGCCUCGCAGGUUAUUUGAUACCAUCAGUGCAAUCACCAGAGAUUUGAGCCUGAGUGGUUAAACCUGAGCCCAACCCCAGGAACAGGUUAAUUCUACCCCGCUGCCUCUGCAGGUUUUAGAAAUCUAACCAUGUUUUUUUUGCUACAAUUUAAAUGCUGAGGGAAACAGAUGAAGCAUUUUAAUAAUAAUAAUAAUUAUAAUAAUAAGGCUUUUGUUCAGGUGCUGCAAAAGAAGUUAGGUGGAGGGAGUUGUUCUGUUUUUAGGUGAAGGAUUGUGUUUAGGAUGUGCAUGUUGAAUCGACCUAAAUGCAAGGUAUCAAGGGGUUUUGGUAUCUCUUGUGCUCAACAGCUGUAAAAUUUAUCAGCUAAAGUCAACCUCUGAGUACCCAGUUCCUUGUUGUGUGUUGGCUGCCUUUGUCUUACUGAAGGAUGAGCAUUUGUCUGCCAAGCUUUUUCUUUUAAAUAUUAAAAGGCUUGUGAGAGUUGCAUAGCACAGCAACAUUUCCAGAGAGAGAGAGAUAUCCUUACAUUUUCCAGUAUUACAAAAUUGUUGUGCUGCUGAAAGUUUCUUUGAUUUCUGCAGAGUUUUCCCACAACUGGGCUGGUGUUGGUUGUCAUAUCCUCAUCUCAGACAUGAAUAUAAAUAGCAAUAUGAGCAGAGUAAUGAAGGGUGUUGUUACAGUGACCUGUGGAGGUGUAAGUAAAGGGAAUUACAGAAAGAAAAAUAAAUAGGAUGCCUUUAGCUUCAUUAAAAAUUGCAAGAGCAUAACAGAUUGAUCCUUUUCAGAAAAGGCUGUACUUUUUACCAAGACAUUAGUUCCUGUCAAACUUGACUUUCUGAUUGAUAAAUUGUUCAUUUCUGGUUGCUGAAGUCCUUGCUGCUGUUGAGAGAAGGGAAGACAGGUUGGUAAUGGUAUAGAGCAAUCUUGUGAGCCAGUCAGAUUUGCUGGCAUUUGAGGCUAAAUGAGAUGCUAAUGCAGCUUGUGAGUAAUCCAGCAUGCUGGUUAUGGCUCCUGGGGAAUGCUAGCAGAAAUACUUGGCUUCAGCCAAACCCCUGGGUGAGAUGGAACCAAAACACAAAAGCCACAGAGAGAGAGCAGCUGCUGAGAAGCUGCUCUGGGUGCAGCAUCCAACAGCCCCAUUUCCUUUGGCAAGGCUCCACUUGCCUCAAUAUUUUGGAAACCAGCACUCCAAGGUGCCUUUUGGUGCUCCUGGGAAUUAUCCACUCCCAGGUGAUCAUCUUUAGGUAGGAGCUGAAUAUUCCAGCUGCUGAAUAUUCCCCUCUCCAUGAACCAGUGCACACAAUGCUGUUUCUCACCCCCAGCAGCAGGAGAGGAAAUCACAAAACGUGCUGGUGUCAGUACUGUGCAGUACUAAUAGAAUAAUGGAUUGUAUUUGGCUGGACCUUUGUGGUCAGGUAGUCUUUGAAAUACUGGGAAUUUUACAUUAGACCGUGAAGGCACACGCAGAAUUUCUUUUGAGCUAGCCAAAAAGUAAAACACAAAAUGUAAUUUUUAGAAUUUAAAAAGAAGUAGCCCUCAAUAAGUACUCUCUUUCUUUUUUUUUUUCCCCUGAUUGAUAACAAUCUCUUAAAAUAAAUAUAUUUUCGUAUAGUUGCUGUCCUAAUUAGUUGGUUGUAAAUCUGAUUUGUCUUCUAGGCCAUUCACCCUUUUUCAUUCCCCCCCCAAAAAAAAGUUGCCAAAAGAUUAAGAUCUCCAUUUUCCAAUUUCAGCUUUCUAACAAAGGAUACAUUUUUCUUGUUUAUACCAUUCACAGAACUGUUUUCAAGUAGUUCCUUAAUGCUUUAAAAAUCAACUGUAGGUUGAAAAUACUUGCAGUGCCAUUAGGAGAAGAAUUUAAGCCAGAACUUUACCUGUGCCAAUGGUCUCUGAAUUUUAUUGUGUGCCAAGAACUCCUUUGUGCAUUUGACUACAUUCCCUGGCUUUUCACAUCCCACUUGGAAACACACCCUGGUCCUGUAUAUUCUCCUUUUUCUCCAUCCUCAGGAAGUACAGGGUGGAGAGGAGGACCACAAGGAGCUGUGACAGCUCCAUCAGUGACAUUUUUGUCCUAAAAACAACUCCAGCUGAGCAACUGAGUUUGCUCUGAUUUUACAGCAAUGUGUAUUUAGGGAAAACACUUGACUAAAGGACAUUGUUUAUAAUAAUCCUCUCAUCCCAUCCCCCUCUGGUGAAGGAAAUUUUCACAGGGCCAAGCCAAACCUGCAAAGGAUGUUUUUUUAUUGCUGUGUUUUCAGAGAGGGGCUGUAGAGCUGAAUGUUCAAAUGGCUGUAUUUGCAGCAUGGUUGUCCUUUGGAAAAUUCUGUGAUUAAAAAAAAAAAGAAAAAGGAGUUGAGAAUGUUUAGAGGUAAUAAGAAGACGACUGACAAUUUCUUGAUAGCACAAAGGUGUGGAUUACUGCAAUAUGUGCUGGAAAAAAUUGCCUUGGAAGCCAACACUCUCUGUGUGCAUAAACUAUACAAAGUUCAGUGUUUAAGACUUACCUGAAACAGGCAGUUCACAUUUUUUAUUGCAAAUUUUAUAUGGAGAUGCAGAGAUCUUUUAAGGCUUUUAACACUACAUUAACUGUUGUUACUUGAUAUUUAUUCAGGAAGUGUGGAAAGGAUUUCAACUUUAAGGAAAUUACUCCAACUUAUAGAGGCAUUUCUUCACCUGUUGUUUUGUUUUGUUUUAAUUAGACAAUGUUUUUAACAUUGACUGAAAAGAAAAUGGGAUCAAAAUUUUGAAAAAAGGGGAAUAGUCUUUCUAAUUCAAUCUUCAGGUUCUGUUAGGAUCUCUAUCCCACUUACUAUCAAGCCUCAUCACUCAGUUCUCCAAAACUUGAUACUUUGUACUUUCAGGUCUUGCCAUUUUCAGAUACAACACUAUGUAAAAAAUCAGAUUUUAUGCUGCAUAAAAUAAAUUAUUAAUUCUUUCCA